CUUCCGGUCAGCGCGGGAGUUGGAGCUUGGCUGUCGGGUUCCGCACGUCGAAGCUGCUAGAAGGCAGUGGGAGGCCUCCUCUUUCCCAUUGGGAACCCGGCCCUCAGCGGUGGCACCCUCGGGUAGGAUUCCAGGAGGGCUACAAGCUAGUGACAGAUGCGGGUAAAGGAUCCAUUCUCCCAGCGUAAUGGUGAAAUGACAAAGAAAAGCAGAAGGCCUGAAAAACAUCAAGAUGAAGAUUCAUCUGAUGAAGUCUCCAGCUCUGCCUGCCAGCAUAUUGGCAGAGCAGUAGAUCUAAUCCAAGUGAAGAAGGCAGUUACUCAGAACCACUGGUCAGUUUGUGCAGAGUGUGCCAAAAGUUUGAAAGUACAUGACGAUGAGCCUGAUGUUUCAUCAAAUGUUUGGAUGUGUCUGAAAUGUGGUUACCAGGGUUGCAGUCAAAGCUCACAAGGUCAGCAUUCUUGGAAGCAUUUCCAGACUACUCGCUUGGACCCACACUGUAUUGUGAUCAGUUUGGAUACGUGGACUGUUUGGUGCUAUGAGUGUGGUGAGGCAUUAAUACCAUGCAAUAAAAAGGUUCUUGCUCAUUUGCUGGAUUUUCUGCAAAAGCAUGCUACUAAGACCCGUUCAGGUUCGAAUUCUAAAUCGAUGAAGGUUCGAGAUGAAAAUACAGAUAGCAGUGAAACUGUGAGAGGAAAACACGUGGCUAUUCCAGUCAAAGGACUAUGCAAUUUAGGAAACACUUGCUUCUUUAAUGCUGUUAUGCAAAACGUGGCUCAAACCCAUUUACUUGGCGACUUUAUGCAUGAGAUGAAGGAAAAGGGGACAAAGCUGAAGAUCUGUCCACCCACAGAGUCAAAUUUGGAUCCAUUGAUGAUAAUACUCCCUAGCCCUGGAUCUUUGACCUCAGCUGUGUAUUUAUUCCUUCAUAGUAUGAAAGAAGCAGGAAAAGGACCAUUGGUUCCAAGAAUACUUUUCAGUCAGUUAUGUCAGAAAGCUCCACGUUUCAGGGGGUUCCAGCAGCAGGACAGCCAAGAAUUGCUUCACUAUUUGUUGGAUGCCAUGCGGAUUGAAGAAACUAAGCGAAUACAGAGUGCUAUCUUGAAAGCCUUCAACAGCCCAACGGUCAAAACUGCUGAUGAGGAGACAAAACGAAAAGUAAAAGUAUAUGGCAGAGAAGGUGUGAAGAUGAAUUUUAUCGACCAGAUUUUUGUUGGAGAGCUGAUAAAUACUAUCAUGUGUGAAGAGUGCUCACACAUUUCAACUCUUAAAGAGCCAUUUAUUGACCUUUCACUUCCUAUUAUUGAAGAAAGGGCAGCCAAACCAGUGCCAUCAGGGAAAAUAAGUAAAAAUCAGAAAGCAAAAGAUACAGAAAAUGAGGAAAAUAUCUUGGCUUCAAGUAAACAGGACACUCCUGUUACAUCUAUUACCUCAAUCAAUCAUAAACCAAAGAGUUCUAAGAAACCAACUUCAACAAAGUACAUGCAGAGUCAUGCAAAGAAGCAAAGGGUGAAGGAAAUGAAGAGAUCAACAUAUGACGAUGAUGAUGAUAAUGAUGAUGAUGCAAGGAAUUGGCGAGCUUCUGCUGAACAAUGUAAUGGACACCAAGAGGAGGAGAGUAACAUGUCACUUUGUUGCCCUAAUCUAUUAGAAGUCAAUAACUUUAGUCAGUCAGAAGGUAGUGAUAAAGAUGGAAAUCAGUCAGAUGGAAGCAACGAUGCAGACAGCGAAGCGUCAGAGACUGAGAAUCCUUCAAAACCCGUUGAGCCCCUGAGUUACAGCACUAAUUCCAAAUUUGAUUUGACAACUGUCAACCACAAACUGUCGAACAGUAAUUUCGUGCAAACUAAACAAGCAGAGUUCAAUUGUAAUGACUCUAUUUCCAGCGCAGUAUCAAAACUCAACCUUGGUAGUACCAAAAAUGAAAGUCUAAUAAUUGAUUCUGUUUAUGAGGAACAGACAGAUUGUGUUUCAUCCAGCAUUCAAGACCCAAAAGAAAGAUCUGUAAUUUCAAAGAAAACAGUUACAGCAUUUCAAACACUGUCCCAGAGCUAUGAAGCCAGACCGAAGGAAUGUUCUCUCCAGUCCUGUCUUAGCCAGUUCACAUCUAUAGAUCUCCUAAUAGGUAACAACAAGCUGUUAUGUGAAAAAUGUACGGAGAAAAGACAGAAACAACACAAGAAACCAUAUUCAGCAGAGAAGAAAUCAGAACAUAUGUAUACAAAUGCUCGCAAGCAAAUGUUGAUUUCUGCAGUCCCACCUGUAUUAAAUCUUCACCUUAAAAGAUUCCACCAGACAGGUUUGAGUUUGCGGAAAAUUAAUAGGCAUGUGGAUUUCCCUUUAGUGCUGGAUUUGGCACCAUUCUGUUCAUCCAACUGCAAGAAUGUUGGAGAGGGAAACAAAGUGCUCUACAGUUUGUAUGGAGUAGUUGAACACUCUGGCUCAAUGCGUGGAGGGCACUAUACAGCAUAUGUGCAAGUCAGAGCAGCCAACAAAAAAUUAUCUGAGCAUAUUUCUGGAAACAAGAAUAUCCCAGGUUUCAGAGAUGUUGGAGCACCACCAGGGCAGUGGGUUUAUGUCAAUGACACCCAUGUACAGAUAGUUCCUGAAGCCAGAGUACUCAAUGCUCAGGCCUAUCUAUUGUUCUAUGAACAACUUUUAUAAAAGCAUUAUUUGGAAAGUGUACUGUAAUGGAACAGGCUUGUAACACUCUACUUUGUAACAAUCCAUGUGGCUUCUCCAAACCUGUUAUUUAUUACAAUCAGUUACAAGGACAUCACGAUCAAAAUUUAUUGCAACCAGUCGUAAAAUUAAAUGCAAAAAAAAUGAAUGUUUGUAAAUUCAGUGAAAAAGGAUGUUACUUACAAAUGAUACCUAUAAUACUUCAUUGUUUUUUUCCCCAGAUUUAUAGUUUGACUUACUGAAAUGCAGGCAUUUUCAUUAAGGUCAUUUUCAUUUGACAAAUCUUUUUCAACUUCAAAAAGAUGCUGCUUUGAUUUCAUUUGGAAAGACAAUGACCAUGCACGUUCAAAAGUGAGGAAGAUUACUCUCUAUGUAUUAGAGUAGAAACAAUUAUAUUCUCAUGUUUUAUUAGUGAUGAUAUUUACUAUCAAAGACGGAAAUAAGAGCAAUGGGCAUAUCGACUGACAUAUUGAGUAAUUAUGAGUUAUUAUCUGACAGAUUUAUUUUUUUAAAUGGAGAUAAUUUUGUUCAUUGGAAACCCAUCUCACUUCAUGCUAUGUUUACUUUGCAGUGCAUUGCAUGAUAAAACCAUUGCCACAAAUUUUGAAUCUUAAAACAUAGUGGUGCCCAAGAAUGAAUGGAACCUGAGGAAUUUUGUACAUUUGGAAUGUUAUCUGCGUUAAUUCCCACAAAACAUAAUAUCAGAAAGGCACACUGAUGCUUGAUGCACUGAGGGUCUCUUUCGGUACCCAUACAUUUCUUUAUGGAUUUAACUUGCACAGUUUCACCAUGCCAUUUAACUUAUGUAUUUUUGCCCCUAAUCUUUAUUGAUGCUUGCUAUGAUAAACAUGUUUCAUGCUCAAGCACAUUUUAAUAAAUAAUUAUCUCCUA